AUGUCCUUGACGUUCACCACAAGUUGUGACGAGCCCAAAGAAGAGGAAAAUGAUUUAGCUAUCGCUUUACUUUUCGCUGAUAACAAGCAUUGGGCGUCAAGGACGAGGAACUUUUUCACUGCGUAUAUACCGACCCCAGCAAAAGAGUUGACGUAUGUUUGCGCUAAUAAUGUAACCCAUUUUGUCCUCACCUACACGUUGAAGGCUUUAAGUAUAGUUCGUAAAGUAAAGUUCCGCAGUCGAAAAGAAUCCGCGAUUCACGGUGUACGUCGAACGGACGUCAUGUCGCGGGAUCCUCGAGCCCUACUGAUGGUGGUACCAUUACUAUUUGGUUGUCUCGUGUUGGCUGUCGGUAAUUCUAGAAACAAGGGUCACUUCGACCAAAAACAACUGUUUCAAGAGAAAUUGGAAAAGGUAAAAUCCCCGCGGGUCAGUAGCCUGAAUGUCAGUCGGCAUAGACAACCUCACAAACCCUUUGCGACAAAUGUUGGGGGGUUUGUAGGAAAUCCAACGGCUCUAGCAUGCGACGUGCUGGGAUCUGUCGCUGACUUUGGGUGGCGAAAAAUCUAAGGGCAACAGACAAGCGAGGAGAACUUACGGAAACUCACCGAAACUUGGCCCUACAACAAGACGUAUUCAAGAACGAGUCGAUAUUUUCCAAACUUCUCAUGGAGAAACGCAGAAACUUACGAAUGCUGGGCAAAUGAUGAUGAAAACUUUACAACCAGCAGUAACAUUUUACUUUCUGUUAUUUCGGAUCUGACCUAUGUACAGUUGCCGCUCGUUGCUUUGGAUGCGAAUAGGAUUUGCGUGAGAUGGGAGAUUUCACGUUUUUUGUAUGACUAUUUGGUUACGUCGCUUCGCAUUGAAUCCCAGGGAAACGAUUCACGCGAAUGGAAUUACGGAUAUUAUACAUCGAUUGAGUUUCUCAGUGGUGUCUUUCUUGCAACGAAAUUGAAACAAGACACAGACUACUGGUUCAAAUUUAUUUGGGGAUUAAAAGGUUCAAAAACUAUUGUUACUUUUUCCGGACGAACAAAGACUCCAAAGAGAAAUAUAGAAUCUCUAUACCUGCCAAUCGUUUCGGUUAGAGAAACGUCUGUCGAUUCAAUAACGAUUGAAUGGCCAAAGCCACCUCUGGAAAUAGAAGAUUGCUUGACGCGGUACAUAGUUCAAAUGUACGAGUCAAACAGCAGGGAUAAUCUCAUAUUCAAGGAAUCAGCACCCACCAAGAACACUUAUAGUAAAUUUCUGAAUCUGAAAACUUCAGUCGCUUAUAGGUUUGGAUUAAGUUUAUGCGUCGAUCCUUCGUGUCUACAAAUGCUUGCCGAAACUUUCUGGUCGAAAGAUAUCGUCCCGAAAGACAGAGAUCCGAAAUUCACCCCGAAUGUUUCGGUAGUCGAAACGGGCGUCGCUUCAACAACGAUUGCGUGGAACGCACCACCGGCGAACUUGGAAAACAGCAUUUAUUACUACAAGUUACCGUUGAACGACGGGUACAUCCCAAAGGAACUGUACGUGGACAAAACUGAGAAUUCACACACAUUCGAAAAUCUACUGCUGAACACGACUCAUCGAUUUAAGGUAGCGGCCUGCAGCGAUUACCAAACGCUAUGGGGUACUUGGAGCGAGGAACGAGAAGCUUUCACAUGCAUCACAGAUUCCAUAAGUGGGACAGAAGAUGAAAUAUGGCUGAUCACGGGAGCAAUGGCUGUUCUACUUGUCGCUGUAACGCUGGUGGCUCGGAACUAUCGCAGAAAGGCACUGAAGCGAAAAAUGAUAAAAGCAAGACUGGAGUACUUUGAUUUCGGGGCCCAGAUUUCUCUCGAUCCAGAAUUGGCUGUGAGCGAUCAGGCCGAGUUACUGCCGUACAACAAGAAAUGGGAAUUUCCACGGGAUCUCCUGAAACUCGACGGAGUACUAGGAAGUGGUGCGUUCGGCCUAGUGAGGAUGGGACAUGCAAAAACGAUUUCCUCACGCGAAACAGUCACGACAGUUGCCGUCAAGACGGUCCGACCGACGGCCAACCUGAAGUGCAUGAAGGCCCUUUAUCGCGAACUCAAGAUUCUCAUUUACCUGGGUAAACAUCUGAACAUCGUCAACUUUCUCGGCGCGUGUACCAAAAAUAUUGAUUUGGGAGAACUCUUGGUCAUCGUCGAAUACUGCCGAUACGGAAAUUUGCAUGACUACUUGAUACGACGCAGAGUCAACUUUGUCAAUCAAUUGAAUCGUUCCGAAGAAAAACUCACCGUUUUGACUGCCUGUGAAGAUGCGAUGAAUAUCGAUGACGUUGGUAUAAACACGGAUAGAGAUUGCGACGAUAAUUCAACAAUAAUCAACUGCCCGAGUGACAUUGCUUCCACGACUACGGAUGCGAGAAUAGAAGACUGUUUCACCAGUGGUAGUCUAUCGCAACUCACCGCGCCAUUGAAGUAUCCAGGUGAUCAGACAGAUUUCAACUCAAGACCGACAUGCACGUUCGACUUGGUGUGUUGGGCUUGGCAGGUCUCGUGUGGCAUGCAGUAUAUCAGCGAGAAACGGAUAAUACACGGUGACUUGGCAACGAGAAAUAUACUUCUAACCGAUGACAACGUGGUGAAGAUCUGUGACUUUGGUUUGUCCAAGUCUCUCAGGGAAGAACAGAAUCAGACGAGCACGGAGAACGGUCCUCUUCCUGUGAAAUGGAUGGCCAUCGAGUCGCUGAGAGAUCGAGUAUUUUCUACCAAAUCGGACGUCUGGUCUUUUGGAGUGGUUUUGUGGGAAUUGUUCUUAGCGAGAACACCUUACUCCCUGAUAAGACCUGAGGACGUGUGCCAAAAGCUGGCCGAAGGUUAUCGUAUGGAGAAACCGCAAUACGCGCCCAGAAACAUUUACCAAAUGAUGCUUCGUUGCUGGAAAGUGGAGCCGUCGUAACGACCAUCGUUCGAAAGGCUAAAGAUCGACAUUGCCGAGUUAAUUGAAGAGCAUGUGAAAACGCUUAAAAAAAUAGUUCUUACACACUUUAAAAGCUACAGAAUGCUACCUGGGUACAUCACGCAAAUUCCCUAG